AUGCAUCCCACUUCACUUGUAAUAACCUCAAGCCUAAUUAUUAUUUUUGCACUAUUAGCCUACCCCCUACUCUCAACCCUCUCCCCCCGCACCCAGACCCCCGCCUGAGCUGUUUCUCACGUAAAAACAGCAGUAAAACUAGCUUUCUUCGUGAGUCUCCUACCACUGUUCAUGUUCUUUAAUGAGGGCACAGAAACGAUUAUUACCUCAUGAAGUUGAAUAAACACGACCUGCUUUGAUAUUAAUAUUAGCCUUAAAUUUGACCAUUACUCCAUCAUCUUUACCCCAAUUGCCCUUUAUGUAACAUGAUCAAUCCUAGAAUUUGCAUCCUGGUAUAUACACGCAGACCCCAAUAUAAACCGUUUCUUCAAAUAUCUUCUAGUUUUCCUCAUCGCCAUAGUCAUUCUAGUAACAGCCAAUAAUAUAUUUCAACUAUUUAUUGGAUGAGAGGGGGUUGGCAUUAUGUCAUUUCUUCUUAUUGGGUGAUGAUACGGACGAGCUGAUGCUAAUACCGCCGCUCUUCAAGCCGUCAUCUACAACCGUGUGGGAGAUAUCGGCCUAAUUUUUGCUAUAGCAUGAAUAGCUAUAAACCUAAACUCGUGAGAAAUACAACAAAUUUUUGCAGCUUCUAAAGACUCCGAUCUCACCUUCCCUCUCUUAGGACUAAUUCUUGCCGCAACCGGCAAGUCCGCCCAAUUCGGGCUCCAUCCAUGGCUUCCCUCGGCCAUGGAGGGUCCUACGCCGGUCUCUGCCCUACUACACUCCAGCACUAUAGUUGUUGCUGGUAUUUUUUUACUUGUACGAAUAAGCCCACUACUAGAGGGGAAUCAAACUGCCCUGACCACCUGCCUCUGCCUUGGAGCCCUAACCACCCUAUUUACAGCCACCUGUGCUUUAACUCAAAAUGAUAUCAAAAAAAUCAUUGCCUUCUCAACAUCAAGCCAGCUAGGCCUAAUGAUAGUAACUAUCGGACUAAAUCAACCCCAGCUCGCUUUCCUACACAUUUGUACACAUGCCUUUUUCAAGGCAAUACUUUUCCUCUGCUCAGGCUCAGUAAUCCACAGCUUAAAUGACGAACAAGACAUCCGUAAAAUGGGAGGAAUACAUCACCUCACCCCCUUUACCUCUUCCUGUCUAACGAUUGGGAGCCUUGCUCUUACAGGCACCCCGUUCCUCGCAGGGUUCUUCUCAAAAGACGCAAUCAUUGAAGCCCUAAACACAUCACACCUAAACGCCUGAGCCCUCGUUCUUACCCUAUUAGCCACCUCCUUUACAGCAAUCUAUAGCCUUCGAGUAGUCUUUUUUGUAUCAAUGGGCCACCCUCGCUUUAACCCUCUCUCCCCCCUUAAUGAAAACAACCCAGCAGUUAUUAACCCCAUUAAACGACUUGCAUGAGGAAGCAUUAUUGCUGGCCUUUUAAUUACCUCAAGUAUCAUUCCACUAAAAACCCCCGUUAUGACUAUACCCCCACUACUCAAAUUAGCCGCCCUCUUGGUUACAAUUACAGGCCUCCUCCUCGCCCUAGAACUAGCCUCCCUGACAAACAAGCAAUACCAAAAAACACCAAAUUUAACCCUCCACCACUUCUCCAACAUGCUCGGAUUCUUCCCACCUAUCAUUCAUCGAUUUUCUCCAAAACUCAACCUUGUCCUAGGACAAACAAUUGCUAGCCAAAUGCUUGACCAAUCUUGAAUUGAAAAAGUAGGACCUAAAGCUGUAGCCUCCUCUAAUAUCCCCCUAGUAACCAUCACUAGUAAUACGCAACAGGGGUUGAUCAAAACCUAUUUAGCCCUCUUCCUCCUCUCCCUAACCCUUGCCCUCCUAGCAGUUACGUAUUAA